UUAAUUUUUUUAAAGGUUGACACCAGCAAAGCCACAUUGAUCGAUAAUCCUGAGUGACCCCUUAGGUGGUAGGCUGCUGAGUCGUCUGUCCUUGAACAACUGUCUUUAUGGUGAUGGUGCACCUCAUGAUGAUGGGGAUUUUUAUCAGCUUUGAGAUGCAGUGAUCCAAGGAAAUGACUGACCACAAAGAGAUCUUUUGCGAAUACUGAAACUGAUCACUCUCAGUGUCUCGGUGUCUGAAGACAAGCACCUUCGAACUUGACAGAUUGCUCUGGAAGAGAAGGAAACCUUCUAUUAACCAUGCAUCCCUUCAAGUGGUCACUUCCGCUGAUGGUUGCGUUUACAUGCUGGGCAGGUGACCAAGGCAAGGUUUCGGUGUCACAGCAUCCCGGAGAAAUCAACGUGUCAGUUGGAAUGACGGCUGUGAUUGCCUGUGAGGCGAACUAUCACAGAGGGACCCCUGAACACACAGACAUGUACUGGUAUAAAGGUAACAGACGGGAUCAGCCAAUCCUGGCCUUUUCAAAGGACUCCAAAUCUCUGUCCAGUCAAGAUGACCACUUGUAUGUGCGUGGCAAUCUCUCCAAAGUUUACAGCAUCCUCGUCAUCAACAACCUGACAGUGAAUGACUCUGGAGUUUAUGUUUGUGAGGUAUUAGUCUCUCUACCUCCGCCUCAUGUGAGUGGAUAUGGACAUGGAACCAGAUUAACAGUCCAUGAGUCAAAUUCAUGUCAGACAUCGAAGGCCCCGCAAGAGGUGUGGAAACAUACUGUUUUUCUAGCCAUUUUAGCUUAUAGCCUAGCUGUCACUAUUACAACGGUCUCACUUGGUGUUUUCAUGUGUGUCCAUAAACGUUCUAAGGGCAGACCGAAUUCUAAAGAAGCACUCAGAAGCCAAGAGGAAUCCAGCCUAACUUCUUCCAGAAAACGUGCAUUAGCUCUGAAUACAGACCGGGCCAGAGAAGCACAGAAUCAGGAGUAUGAAGACAUGGCACUCAUCAGAACCAUCAGUCAGAUACCGAGAUAAUGCAGGAAUGCAAGUUAAUGAUGCAAAUUCUAUAGUACGUAGUACUAAGCUACCUGCAAUAAGUGUUGGUUGGUACCUUUAGAUAUAUUUGCAGAAGAAAAUUCCCUCUGUAGAAUUUCAGUUGUACUGCAUAAAUUUUUAUUUGGUAUGGGUUGCUGAACGUUAAUGUGAGGUGUCUUAAUUUGGAAACAUAUUGUGCUCAAAUCAUGGAAUCACUACAUGCAGGAAAAGGCUGGAAUAGCAAAGAACUAAAAUCAGACAGCACUGGAGGCUGCUUGAAAGAACUGCCUAAUUAAUCUAACUCUUCCUCAGAAAGGAUUUACAAGAUUGUUACCAGAGUUGGAGGGUUUGAUCUAUACGGAGAGGCUAGGACUGUUUUUUCUGGAAUGUUGGAGGCUGAGGGGCGACCUUAUAAAAUCAUGAGUACCAUAGAUAGUGUGAAUAGCCAAGGGUAGGGGUGUGCAAAACUAGACAGCAUCAAUUUAAGGUGCGAUGGGAAAGAUUUAAAAGGGAACUGAGGGGCAACGUUUUCACACAGAGGGUGGUGCGUAUGU